AUGGGUGCGAAUUCUCCGCGAUCACCUUCAGUAGGAGCUGCGAGCCCACAGGUGUCGCGCGUCUCUCCAAACCUCUCACCAUCUGCGCCUCCAUCAACUGUCGGUUCUCCGCAAGGAUCACCUCGGCCGACAACUCCUCUUAGCCUCUACUCAAACUACUCCUACUAUAACCUCGAGAACCUUGUGCCAACUCCCACCACGCCCGGUCAUCCACCAACGUCACCGUCACCGUCGCCGUCACCAUCGUUGUCCCCACGACCAACAACCGCCUCUCCGGCGCCUAAAGAAUCUAAGACUCCGGAAGAAUUCUUGCAGCUUGGUAUCGCUCAUCAUGAGGCAAACCGGUUGACAGAUUCUGCGGCAUGCUUCCAGAAGAGCGCAACGUUGAAUGGCGGGUGCGGAGUGGGAAUGCUCAUGUGGGGCCUCACGCAGCGGCAUGGAUGGGGCUGCACGCAGAACGAGCAGGCGGGCUUUAGGUGGCUCAGGCGUGCGGCGGAGGUCGCAGUGGAAGACUUGGAGCAUGCGAGGAGAGGUGUGAACACAGGUGCGGUGAAGAAAGAGCUUGUGCUAGCUAUCUACGAGGUAGGGCAGAGCUUCUUUCAGGGAUGGGGUGUGGAGAAGGACAAGGAGAUGGCAGUGAGCUACUUCCGCAUGGCAGCACGGCUUGGGGACCCGGAUGCUCAACAAGAUCUUGCAUUCUGUCUGGCAAACGGCAAGGGCUGCAAGAAGGACAAGAAAGAGGCGGCCAAGUGGUACCGCGCUGCGGUUGCUCAGGGUGUGAGCGAUGUGGGACUUGCCUGGAUAUACAAAGAAAAAUACCAGUAG